GCAAAAAGGAAGCCUCAGCUCCAGUAAGAAUACACACAAGGUGUCCAGAAGGUCUCUUCUGGCAGGCCAGCUAUAUGAGGGACAGAAUAAGAGAGACUGAGACUUCACUGGUCAGUGGUGAGAUAGAGAUCCUAUUAUAAAAGCACAGUCGUCUCUUUCCUGGCAAAACACCCCAGAUCUCUGCAAGACAGGUACCAUGAUGCUUCCCAUGACCCUCUGUAGGAUGUCUUGGAUGCUGCUUUCCUGCCUGAUGUUCCUUUCUUGGGUGGAAGGUGAAGAAUCUCAAAAGAAACUGCCUUCUUCACGUAUAACCUGUCCUCAAGGCUCUGUAGCCUAUGGGUCCUAUUGCUAUUCACUGAUUUUGAUACCACAGACCUGGUCUAAUGCAGAACUAUCCUGCCAGAUGCAUUUCUCAGGACACCUGGCAUUUCUUCUCAGUACUGGUGAAAUUACCUUCGUGUCCUCCCUUGUGAAGAACAGUUUGACGGCCUACCAGUACAUCUGGAUUGGACUCCAUGAUCCCUCACAUGGUACACUACCCAACGGAAGUGGAUGGAAGUGGAGCAGUUCCAAUGUGCUGACCUUCUAUAACUGGGAGAGGAACCCCUCUAUUGCUGCUGACCGUGGUUAUUGUGCAGUUUUGUCUCAGAAAUCAGGUUUUCAGAAGUGGAGAGAUUUUAAUUGUGAAAAUGAGCUUCCCUAUAUCUGCAAAUUCAAGGUCUAGGGCAGUUCUAAUUUCAACAGCUUGAAAAUAUUAUGAAGCUCACAUGGACAAGGAAGCAAGUAUGAGGAUUCACUCAGGAAGAGCAAGCUCUGCCUACACACCCACACCAAUUCCCUUAUAUCAUCUCUGCUGUUUUUCUAUCAGUAUAUUCUGUGGUGGCUGUAACCUAAAGGCUCAGAGAACAAAAAUAAAAUGUCAUCAACA